CUUACUGAGUCGGCGCACGUCCUUUGUUCAGCAACCGCUCAUCAACAAUACGAUUGAGGGAAGUUGGCAUGGUUUAGUUUUGGCUUUUAUCGUCCUUAAUAACACUUUGACAGGGAGGACCUAACCUGUAUUCACCACACAGUUUCUCAGCUUAGCUGAGACUCUCCAUGCUCAGAAUGGAAACUUCCUCGAUGGCAACGGACACAGUUGUGUUUGAAAAUCCAGACGAGGCAGAAAUUGAAUCAAGCGAAAUCGCGCCUGUUGAAGUUAAUGAAACUCGUGCUCAACAGCCGGAAAUAGAAAAAUCGCCGGUACAACAAGUAAAUAUGUUAGAUGUUACAAAGUUAAGUUACGAACUUCAACAGGGAUAUCGUGUCUUCAUAGAAAUGUCGAGUGAUGCAUACAAAAAUGUGACUUGGCCAUUUAUGGAGCCAGUUGAUGCUGAAUCACUUGGACUCUGGGACUACCACGACAAAAUCAAGGAACCCAUGAGCUUCCAGGAGAGUAAGUACAACUUUUUAUUAUUCAUUGUUGUUGGAUUUUAGUAAUUAAAAUACGCAGUUCAGUUGUAAGCUCAACUUUCCUAUUCGUAAAUUGUGUAUUGCAUAAACUUUGGGUGACAAGCAAUGACGUUUCUCGGUUUGAAGAAAAUUAAGCUUUGGUUGUCCUUUGCUCCAACAAAACUUGUUAUUUUGACUAAUAAUAAUCGAGAAUAGUGAUUUAUACUCCUUGUAUUAAACUUCCUACUCAUUCCUCCUCUUACAUUUCCUUAAAUUUCUGGUUUUGGAAAACACUCUUAAUUUGCAUGGUAAGAAAGGAUAUUGUUGCCUAAAGAAUUUCAAACAGUUUUCCCUUUAAACUCUAGGAAAAAGAGAUAUCUGCCGAGGGAAUCCCCACAUUGGUUGUUUAGGUUGCUUGUAAACUAAUUAAGGACCUUAACUAUUUAUUUUGCCCAAGUAAAGAGGUUUAUUACUUCAAACUUGUGAAGGUAACUUGACUACAUAAUUGACUAUUGAAUCAUGUGAAGCUUUAUAGAGAUGCCUUUUUCUUUACUUGCUUACAAAUAUUUUUUACUGAGAAUAAUUACAGGAAUUAUUGAAAUACAAUACAUCACUUUAUUCAUAAUGGAAAUAGGACCGUUUUGGCAUUAAUCCAGGGACAUUGUUGGUGAUUGACAUUCUAGUCAGUGUGAUGGUGUCUGGGUGUGUGGGGUUCAUGACUGAGUUGUAUUGAUUGGCCGACAGUGGCAUAGUAUGGUGCAUUUGAUGGCUUGCUGACCACAGUGGAGACCCAGCAUUACAUUACACAGAACAGUUGAUAAACAAGAUAUAAUCUAUGUCAUUUAUUUUCAUUUCCUCUUUAGUUGGUGGUAAAUUCAAUAAGUAUGAGUACACCAGCAUCACAGAAGUUGUGGCUGACAUCCGUCUGAUUCUUGAAAACUGUUAUCGCUACAAUGGAUCAAACCAUUGGGUCUCAAAACUUGGACAUAAGAUGGAGAAAAUUCUGGAGCAAAAGCUAGCCUUGUUAAACAGGUAUUUAUAAUGAACACUUCAAGGUUGUUUCCUUAGUAAAAUUGUAUGGAGCACAAAAAGUAGUGCAAUAAUUUGUUGUUAUCAAGACUUGUGUCUCACAAUGAUCACUUUGUUAUUGAUUGCAAUACCAUAAUGACCUUCUGCUGACCUUCAUCAGGUUGCUUGAUGAUGAUCAGCAGCCAGGGGUCGAAACGUUACAAUUAGUAACAAAUUAAUGGCCAUAUUUGUGGGACAAAUGAUAAACAAAGCUACAAAUCACAAAGAAUGACAUCAUUCUCUUAUAAUCAUUAUUUAAAUCUGACAUUGUAUGCCAGUAAACUGCCAUGUAUUUCUGUUUAGAAACUACUUCUAGUUGCUCUUUAAAUUUGUUGUGAACAUGAGUCUUUGAUUGUUUUACAGAUCCCUCAGAGAUAAGGUGAAUUUGGAAGCAACCAUGGCCUUAAGGAGUGAUUUUGCAUCAGUGGCCAACUCAAGUGAUGGUAAUAAUGCUGAGUUGAUCUUUUUUUCCUUUUUCAUUGUUAAUUCAGAACAAAAGGUGACAAAGAAUGUCAGACAAGUAAUAAAUAAUGUAUACUAUGUUCAUUUUAAUGCCAAUGUAGACAACUUUACCUGGUAUAUGCAGACCUUUGACGUGUAGUCACUCUCUUUACGCCUGGGUGUCCUUAGUCUCAAGGUUCAAGUGUUUACACUGGCAAUCAUAUCAUUCUUUGAAAGAAUCUCAACUUGUAUGAAGGAUUUUCAUUCAGUGUUGUCUUUUUAAACCUUUUUUUCUGGCUCAUUCACAAGGUAUUGAGAAUGGGUUCAAGAAUAGUUGGAAAUUAGUAUAAUGUUAUUCUUAGACUAAUAGACAGUGAACAUGCUGAAAUAUGUUUUAUAUUAUUAUAAUCAUUGCCAAAAAGAGAUAAUUUUCUUCCUAUGUUAUUUUCAGGAACUGGUCGUCGACGGGCUGCUGCUCGUAAUUCAUAUGUCAAGAUGAUUAAUGGAGAAGAAUCCUCCUCUUUGCUUACUCGACUUAAAAUCCAAGAGGACUUAGAAGAACGUGAACGACGCCGCAUUCGAGAGAAGGAAAAGAAGGAAGCAAAUUUAGUUCUGCUUCAAGAUUUGGCUGAGUGGGAAGAGAAGGAGCUCGGAACAGAUGUGCUGAAGGAACUUCACUCAAUGUGGGAGGUAUGAAUUCCUGAAGAUUUGAAAAGUUAAAAGUCUAAAUACAAUUAACCUUUGUUCCACUUUACAAAAUAUUUGAUUAGCAGAAAUGAUAUUGUUAUUCCUCCCAGUUGAGGUCAAUUUUUAUUAAAUUUUAAGAUGGUGCAGGGUAUCUCUUAAGAGGUAAGGAGUAGUAUCUCUCUUUUUGAAAUCUAUGUACAGUGUUAGGAACAGCAUUUGACAUUUAAUUCCAUUUUUUCUAUUUCUUUCACUGUCAUUGUUCUCAUUGUCAGGCUACUGGACGACUCAAGCAUUUCAAUUAAAAGCUGGUUAUCAGUGGACCACCGUCUUGUACAGGACCCCUGGCCCCUAUCUGUUGAGAUUUUAUGGAAAAGGAGCCCCACAGCCCCUUUCCUGGCCAUAGCCACCUAUUCCACCUUUGGCAGCUUCUAAUAGAAAAUGUUAUUGAAACCCCUACAUUUUUGCCUCUGUUUAAAAAUUAAUAUUAAAUUUGUAUUUUCCUUUUUAACAGAUCCCCUCCGUGGCUGGCUUGCUUUUUCUGUUGAAAGAUUUUCUGUAUAUUCCUGACCUCAGUAUCACUGAACUUGAACUGGGUUUUGUUUAUGCUAACAAGUCUUCAUUACUGGCCAGAAUAUUUACAGCUCUUUUGAUUACUCCACAUCAGAGGAAGAGGUGAUGAUGCCUUUAUUUUUACUUUACUUUUUUCACCAAAUUUUUAGGCCUCAUUUUCUGUUUUUUUAGAGAGGAAGUUCUGUUGAUAAAUUUUUGGGCUUUCUCAGUCCUGCAUUGUAUAAUAUUUAGAAUAUGUAACAGUUUCUGCUGACUGCAAGUUAAGGCCUAAGCAAAAACAUCAAACUUUUCAUGAGACGAACUCUAAUUUGGGUCACCGUAAAUUAAGUUAAGAUCAUCUGUUAGGUAAGGCAUCAAACUUAGGAUGUGUUGAACCAAUCAACUGAAUCAGACAAAAGAGCAAUUUUAGUAAAUUUUAUCCUGAACAAGGCUUAAUACACAUUCUCGUACAAAUUUUUAAUUAAUAUUAGUUUAGUUUGUUGCAUAUGAAGAUCGCCAUUUGUCCUCAAGACAAUCUUCAGAUAUUCUAUCUGUCUGAAGCAGACAGAUAGAACAUGACGAUCCAAACUCAUUCAAAUGAACUUAACUGAGCCAGACAUUGCACUUUUCAUGAACUUAACUCUCUAAGUUUGGUUCAUCUCAUGAAAAGUUUGACGUUUGGCCGAGGCCUAAGUUAGAUAUUUAAUGUUGAAUUAUUCAUUUUUAUCUUACUUGAAGUGAUUGGUAGUUUUUAUUGAUUAGUUAAUUAAUGCAAUGUUAAAUAAGUUGCCAGUGAUUUGACAAAAAACUGGAAAAUACAGGGAGGCUCCUCCCAAACAAUCAACUCAUGAGUCUUUCAAUUUUGGUACAAAAUUUAUGUAUUCAUGUUCUACAAACAUUAUACAAGACUUGAUAUUUUGAAUUAAUAAAAUAUAGGUACUGCAGGACGGUAGUCAGGCCAUCAUGUUUACUGUAGACCACAAUAAUAUUUCUUUUAGGAAUUUUUAGGAUGCUCUGUAACUGUCUAGAAGUGCUAUGUAGCUGAUUGUGUUGUUGCUACACAUAAUCUUAUAAUCUUUCAAUUCAUUUUGGGUAGUUUGUUCAAGAAGCCACCCAUGAAGUUCAAAGUUUGGGAAUCCAAACUCUGUGACAGAGUAAACGGCUGGUACAAAGCUACUGAGAAGGAUGGCCAAGAAUUUGUAAGUGUAUUACGACAUUCAAGGUUUUGUUCUAAUGCAUUGUAUCUGCAUCAAUGCUUUGCUUAAGUUGUAGGUAGCCCAUGAGCUCCAAACCUCUUAAGUAUUGAGUAACCAGCUCUUUAGUUUUGUAUAAGAACUAAGAUUCCCUUGUUACCCAAAGAAAAAUUAAAUCACCAGUGGUCGCUAGAUGUUGCUAGAAAUGAGCAAUGCUGUAUGUAUGUAUCUUGACCAUAAUGGCAGGAGAAGCUAAUUGUUUUCAUUGAGCCAAGCUGAUACAGGGCUCUAUGUGUAUAAAAUGAUACAAGUAACAUAUUUAAAAGUUGUGCCUAAAAUAAUCAUGAUAAUAAUCUUGUACUUCUGUGAAUUCAUACAGCACUGAGAUUUGCUAAAAUUUCGAUUUGGAAUAAAAGCCAAUUUGUUAUUGUAGAAUAUGUAAUAAACACCUCAGUUAGGCUGUAAUGGGACAGAGAUAGCAAGUUUUUUCCCAAGAAUGUUGACUGUCGUAACCAGACAUUAACAAUUCCAUUCUUUAUUGUUAUAGACUUGUCAACAAUAUGGCUUGGAUAUGACUCUAUUUGAAGUUAUAGGUGGGUACAUGUAGCUUGUAUUAAUGAUGUUAUUAUUGUAUAGAUGAUUUUAUCUGUCAAUAAUACAGGAUUUGCGGUCAAAUUUAAUCUGUUGCAGAUAAGCGUUGUUGGUAGCAGCAGUCUCUCAGCAGACAAAAUGAUCAAGUGAAGGCUCACAUUGAGGCUUUCAUUGAUGACAACAACAACAAUCAAUGAUAACUGUAUUAAAGCAACUGUAAAUAAUAAUAGACAAAUUUUGAUAAACUUGGAUUUCUGAUGCUGAAUUGAUAGGGCAGAAUAUGCAAUAUAUUUUUUUAAAGUUAUGGCUAACAUCAAUAAUUUUUUUUCUUUUUUUUUUGUCUCCAGGUGAAGUGAAUCCUCUUCUAGAAAAGUCCUAUAUGGACCUAACUCUCCAUCAACGAGUGUGGAUUCUUAAAUGUCUAUGUGACAAUAGCCUGGUAAGACUGAAAAUCUGAUAAAAUUAAUUUCACAAAAAGGUUCCUCUAAGAUUCUACCGUAAAAGCACUUGUUCUGUGCAAAUCAUCAGUGCUUUUGAAGGACCUCUCCAACGUGAUCAAAUUUGGGAGAGAAAAAAUUUUGUGCUCAGCAAUUCAGAAAACCCUGUUUUUCCUUAGAAAUAAAAUUCAGUGAAGUUAGUCAAUCGAUUAGGUAGGCCUUGUGUGUAUUUCUUUAUACUGUUUUGUCUUAAAUUGGAAUUUUACUUUGACAUGUCUGUUUGUUUUCUUUCAGGUGAGGGACUAUGAUUUUCGUGAUCACCUGACCACUAUUGCUCCAACUGAUCAAAGAGAAUUACUUUUGGGGAAUGAUGCCAAUAACUGGACGUAUCUGUAUUUUCCUAUCUUCUCUGCCACUGAUUUGCGUAUCUACAAGCAAUGUCCUUUGGAGGUUCCAACAUUCAGCAAAAGAAAGAAAAAGGUGCGACUGAUACAAAAUUGAACUUAUCGUAAAACAGUAAAGAUUUGUCUGUUUUAGUUGUCUCUUGGUUUCUUUAGAAAGAAGUCAUGAAAGUAAGUAGUGUAUCUUCAGUCAGCUCCACGCUCUCGUUGCUCCCUGCCCCCUAAGUCAUUUCGCAAGAGGAACACCUGUAUUUUGGCUAGCCUGUGUACAGAUGCCCCCUCCCUCCAAAAAAACUUGGGGAGAGAGACUCUCUCUCUGUGAUUCUUUUUCUAAGGGGAGGGUUCGUUUGUAUACCGGCCAUGUCAGGCUAUGUCUUAGCCUGAAAAUUUCUAUACUUACAUGUAUAAUGUAAAUCAAAAUUUACAUACAAUAGAAUCCUGAUUUCUUGAACCCCCACUUUUCUACUCUUGGAUAAUUCAAACCAAAACUAAUUUCCCUUCACAAGUCAAGUACUAUAAUUUUGACUACCAAAUUUUCAAACCUUUUGAUUAUCCAAACCAAUUUAGCUUUCUUAAGUAGAUUCUGAAAAGUAGAAUCCCACAGUAAUUAAUUCAGUAGUUUUGGGUUUCUGGAUGUAGACAACUUUGGUAUCCAACUUUUAAAGCCAAAAUGAUCCUGUGAAACACAGCUGUAGUCAUAAGCUAGAUAACUACCAAAUACCAAUACUUUUCCAGUGUCGUGCAUAAGUAUAAUAUUAACUUUAUGAAAGAUUAGCUAACCACAUUUUGUUACUCAUCAAGGUUACAACACCUCCACCAGCCAUAGUAAAACCUAAAGUGACUCCAGCCAGGGCUGCCACACCCAUCCCAUCCAAGCGAAAUACCAGACUUAGAAAGGUAAGUUGAUAGUUCCUGUGCCAGCUUUACAGUGUAGUUACACACUUUAUCUCUCUGAUUGCUUGUGACAAGGUUGUCAGCAGUAAUCAGUGAAAGCACAGGGGUGCAUAGAGUUGAGUUUUAAUGUACAUGAGACAGUGGAAAACCAGUAUGAAUUCUAAAUGGAUUUCAGGAUGUCAGGGCCAACAACCAACCGUUUUCCCAUAAAGCCAGUUUACAAGAGAAAAACGAUUUCUUUACAACAGUGAUAUGUAAAAGAUAAUCUUCUAAAUUUCACUCACUGCACAUGAUCAUAUUCAAGAUCAGAUCAUAAAUGAACCACAUUCCUAACCGUCUUAAAUUUUGUUGAAUGGAAUUUGUUCCUUCAAUUUUCUUUCAUGCCUCAUUUCUGCUGAAAUUGCUCCUGCCGUUAAUCCCGUGAGUCCAUGAGCCAGAACCAAAAUUUGAUACCAUUUUGAGGGAUUAUACGCUAAAACACUUUUACCUUAACAUGGUACCAUUAAGUGCUCUAGCUCAUGGAGUGGGACAUUCUUUUCUUUGAUAGAUUGUCCUUGACGAUUUGGUUGCAAUAUUAAUGGCAGAUGCUGUAGUAUGAAUUAUGUUACUUUCAUUUGUUGUAGUUGAGGAGUAGUACACCGUCACCUGAGCCAGAAACUCCUCCUCCUCCAACACCUCCACCAUCCGAGCAAGAAGAUCCACUGGAGCCAAAAAACACGAUUGCCGAAGGCUUUGAACUGGCAGCGUGUGAUAUUGAGACCCUGAAAAAGCUUUGUGAGAAAUUUGAUGAUCCACCCCCUCCACUUACAAAACGUGGAAGAAAACCCAAGCCCCCACCUCCAAGGAAGCGCUGUGAAGUUGACCUGCAUCAAACUCUAAUAGCUUUGUUGGAGGAGUUAGAGAAGUAUGAGAUGUCGUUUGGUAAAAUGAUGAGCAAAGCAAAGAUUAAAAUCAUGAAAGAGAGUCUGGAGCCAGAACCAGAGGAUGAGCCAGGUAUAGUAGUACAGAUUCAUCAUUUUUUUUUGUACAAUUUUCUCAUCUUAAAGCCUGCAUCGCGAAAUGCUAGUUUGGUUUCUUGGAUGUUCAGGGGUUUCUACUGGAGGCCAACUACCCUGCGCCUAGACUGACUACCAAUUCCAUGGCUGGCAAUCACCGCUACCCCCAUGCAAGGCGUCAAGGCCCCCGUUACACUGGCAAGCAGUUGAAAAAGGGGGGAGAGAAAGACUGCCAUGCACGAACAACACAAGAUGGAUGAAAAAAAAAUUGUUAUUGUCCCAGAAAGCGGAACUCCUCCAGCUAACUCAGAUCAGAACAGCUUUGCUUUCACUGAAGGUUCAAGUUACGUGCAUUCCACCCUAUUACUUGGUUUUGAGUUUUUAACUUUUUUUUUGUUGUUUUAUUAUUUCUUGAAGAAGUCGUUCCUGUCGAAGAAGGAGAGGAAUGGGGCAGUGAAGAAAAUAGUGGAGAUGAAAUCGAAGACGCUGGUGCCCAGAACAUGUCAAGUGAUGAAGAUUUUGUUUUAGAAGGUGAAGAAGGGAGGAGAAGCAAAACGCCGACACGUAUGGAAGCAACUAAAGAUAGUGAAAUGACUGAAAACCAAACUGGAACACCGAUAGUGCUUCCUCAAAAGAGAAAGGCAGCUGAUGAAGCUGACAUUGUUGAGGAAUGUCAAAAGCCUUCAGGUUCUACAGAUGGUGACACUGAAAAUGACCCAUGCUCCAUCUCCAUUCAAACAGCGCCUCUGAAACUGAAGAAGAAGCGAAAGAAGUCAGUAACUACUGUAGUCUCUUCAGCUACAGUCACGGCUGUCACGCAAGCAACUUCCGCUGGAUUCACACAAGCAAAUCGACAACCAGUCAGCCAUGUUCCAGCAGGUCUACAGAUGGAUAAACAGAUAAGAUUAGCUAAUGUGGUUGCUGCAGUCCCAGCAGCUGCCGAUAAGAAAGUCGUUUCUAGUAGUUGUGUUCGUAUUGUGGCAACUGAUGGAGUAGCUACGGUGGCAUCAACGUCUCGCCCUAGUAUCACCCUGCAGGGCAAGAACGCACCAUCUGUUAGAAUACACCCCAAGCCAGUUAUCUUGAACAAAUCACAAUCAUCUACUGUGACUAAGAAACAAUCCACAGUUUCAGUGCCUACGUCUCAUGUCCAAAGCAUUGCCUCAGUUCAUCCUGUCACAGUUUCUAAAAAUCUCGCAUCAACGGCUUCUAGCCUUGCGUCUAGUCUACAGUCCCAAGCUGGUUUGUCUGCUACUGUACCAGGCUUAGGUAAGGUUAUGUUUGUGACCAGUUCUGGAGUUCCAUUGCAAGUACUGAAAGCAGUUCCUGUAUCACAGCAGUCCCUGGUUCAAGGAAAGGUUUUGAACACUGCUAUUCUGGGAAGCACUGGCAGCUUAACAUCAGCAUCUGCCGCUCCUUCAUCUUCAUCAACAUCUUCUCCAUCUGACGUAUCAGUUCCUGUAAGAGUCAUGAAAGCAGUACCUAUAUCACAGCAACAUUUGAUUCAAGCAAAGACUGUGACUACUGCUNUGCAAGUACUGAAAGCAGUUCCUGUAUCACAGCAGUCCCUGGUUCAAGGAAAGGUUUUGAACACUGCUAUUCUGGGAAGCACUGGCAGCUUGACAUCAGCAUCUGCCGCUCCUUCAUCUUCAUCAACAUCUUCUCCAUCUGACGUAUCAGUUCCUGUAAGAGUCAUGAAAGCAGUACCUAUAUCACAGCAACAUUUGAUUCAAGCAAAGACUGUGACUACUGCUGCAGGGGGCAGCAGCACAUCGUCACCUGCGUGUGUGGUGACCUCGUCGUCACCACUGUCAACUCCCACUACAUCAUCUGCGGUUGGUAGCUCAUUGUCGCUUCCUCCAAGCACAUCCAUUCAUAAGGUUGUUAUCUCAGCUGCACCCGCUAAAUCGGGCAGUACUUUAUCAACGGCCAAGGCAGGAGGUCUUGUUAGUACCACAAGUGCAUCAUCUCCUGUUAUUCUAGUGCAGCACCCAGGGGCCGGAGGGAUCGUGCCACUCACAGUUAAGGGAGGGACCAGGACCAUGUCUGCCCAAGCAGCCUCGCAGCAGUUGGUCAUUAUCAGACCUUCAAGUACAACUCAGUUAUCCGGAACAGCUAUUUCUGUUUUGGGAAAUGCAAAAAUUGCACAGACUGCCCAGGGGCAAAAGGUGGUUAUUGCACCGGCCGGGCAAAGUGUGCCGCAGGUGGAGGCAAAGACUUCUUCUGUUAUCACUGGCAACAAAGUAUUUGUCCAGGCAGCAAUGUCUCCAAUAGGAAUGAAACCAUCUGAAGCUAAGACUAAUGCAGUAGCAUCUGGAAGCAAACUACUUGUGACGACUAUAUCAACAACAACAAGUCCUACAACCAUACCACAAGGAAUAGACAGAGUACCGGCUACUUCUAUCACUUCAGCACCAACCUUGUCACAAGCUGGGCACAGCUUACCGCAAGUGGAGACGAAAGUUUCUUCUGUUGUCAGUGGCAACAAGUCAUUUGUUAAAGAGACAGUGUGUCCAUCUGGAAUGACUGCGGCUAAAUCGACGGUAGCUCUGGAAAGCACCGCUGUUCUGCCAACAACAAUGGCAACAGCAUCGAUGUUGCCAGCUUUUAGCAAAGGACCAGAUAGUAUUGUAACCAUGGGUAUCGGUUCAGCGUCAUCGAUCACUUGUCCUGUUAAGUCAAAACCCACGAUAACUGCUUCAUCUACCAGCAAUAAACAAGUUAGCCCAAAGGAAAUAUCCUCAAAUGAAGUAUCAACCACUCCUGUGACCUUGGAGAGCAAAUCAGCAGUAAUGUUGGUAAGUCCUGUUGAGGCAAAAUUGACGUGCGCGUCUUCACAUGACCAGGAAUUAACAUCUUCACAUGUCACAUCUCCUAACGAAUGUGCACUCAAAGCGGACUCACUUUGUCUAAUUACCACUGAAGCGUCUAAUACAAUCCCCAGGACUAAGAUAUCACAGUGUGAUGGCGUGAAGGUGGUACAAUCACAAACAAAGCCAGCGUUGUCACCACGGACAGACCUGGAGAAAACGGAUGCAAAAUCCGAGGACAGUUUUUUACCUGCGAAGUCUAUGCCCUUGGGUCUGAAUGGUGAAACAAAUGAGUUAGCUGAUAGUUGUACCGAUAUGAAAGGUACUGUUGGUUUGAAGGAGAAAGACUCUAAGAAUGAUUGUGAAUUGUUGCUGGACCUAACCUGCUACGAGACAAGCGUCAGUGAAUCUGGUGGAUGCGAGGAGAGUGGUGACUUCUCUUCAAAUGGACUUUACCCAAACCCAAAUACAACUCUGCCAUCAAAGCUCACUGAAACAGACGUUAAGCAAUGCAAUGGAGUUACUUCACCAUUGUCUCAGGAAGUGACGCACGAGGGAAAAGAGCUUGACUGUCAAGAUCAAAAUCUUGACACAGUGGUUGACAAAACGUCUGAGGGUAUUAUAAGCAAAUCUGAGUGAAUCAUUCUGUCCCUCUGACACUCGCCUUUUCAUUACAAAUGUGGAGAACACGGUAUUUUGGGGAAACUUGCUCAUUUAACAUUUCUAAUGUCGGCAUAAAAUCCUUAUUUCAUUGCAUGUUUUUUUCCUUAUUAAGUCUUUGCUCAAAUCUAGUAUCAUUUCAGAACGUAUUUAAAGGGAGUCCCCGAGUAGACUAAUUCAGGCUUUAUUGUGUGGACCAGAAACUCAUAAGGGGUUCUGGUGAGACCAAAUCGGAAUCGUUCUUUCUUAUUGAGACGGAUUGUUUCCCCUUUUUGUCCCACGCGUUGUGAAUGGGUUAAAGGUAACUAAAAGCCGAUUAAGAAACAGAUUUGCAAGACUACCUGGAGCAUACCUUUUUACCAUUCAAACUAACUACCAGAACCAGAUUUAUUGCCACCUGUUAACAGGCCAAACAUUUUUAAGAGCAUGUAAAGUAUCGUCAGUUAUGCGACACUGAAGCGUAUCAUAUAAGACUGUUCAAGGCUGCUAGGUUGUAAGUGCGAAGGACAACUUGCGGUGUGCAUUAAGAACUACUAAAUAAUAAACUACUAUCACUAAAAAGGAAACUGAAGAAAGGGGCCCACAAAGCCAUAUAUCAGGCGUGAGUAGGGAAAGGGUUCGAGCCUCUGCAUGAAGUAAGGGAACGCUGAGAAGGCCUGGAGAUGAGAUGAGCGGGGAGAGAAUGAACGUUUUGCGCUUUCUUCUCGCCACUAUCUUUUUGGCGCCCUGGGACUAUCCUUUCACUUUUGUUUCAACCUACGUAGCAGAUGUUGGAAAGGGAAGGGGAAAAGGAAAUGUAGGAGUACGUUUUAACGCAUGCUAAAACUCCCUUCACUUACGAACGUCCAACACGCAGGCUACACUCCUAUCAUGGAGGCUGCCUGGGGCGUUACCUUCAACAACGCUUUUUUCAUUAUUCAUGCACUGAUUUUCCAUACUACGUUUUCUGCGCACCUCGGGUAGUCUGUUAUUUUAAUAGCAUACAAAUCAGGCGAGUUUUCCGCUUUAAAACUUAUUUAAUAAAAGUGUUGAAGGAAAUAC